CUUCACGAAAAGCCAUAGCAUAACAGCCGCCGCAGCUCGGAAGUCACCUCACGAGUCGGAUUCGCUCGCUCGCCUUCCCGCACGCGCGCACGCGGCUCCCGGACGCUCCCUCUCCGUCUCGGCCUUCCAGAAGCUUCCGGAAGCCAAUCCAUGGCCGCCGCCAACACCGUCGCCGCCGCGCCCCCCGCCGCCGCCGCCCCGGCCCCGGCCGUGCAGGUGCCGCGAGGGCAGGUGGAUCUGGUCGAUUUCAUCGACUGGAGCGGCGUCGAGUGCCUCAACCAGGACUCGUCCCACAACAUCGCCAACGCCCUCAAGCAGAAUUACAGGGACGACGAGGGGCUGUACCUCGCCAGCGAUUCGGACGAGCAGCUGCUUAUCUACAUCCCCUUCAUGCAGGUGGUCAAGCUGCAUUCCGCGCUCUUCAAAGGCCCCGAGGAAGAGGGCCCAAAAACGGUAAAGCUCUUCUCCAACAAAGAGCAUAUGGGUUUCAGCAAUGUCAAUGACUAUCCACCAAGUGACAGUCUUGAUCUAUCCUCUAAUCAUUUGGUAGAGAAUAAACCCUUGACUCUAAAGUAUGUCAAGUUCCAAAAUGUUCGCAGCCUGACUAUAUUUAUUGAGGACAACCAAGGUGGAAGUGAUAUCUCAAAAAUUCAGAAGAUUGCGCUAUAUGGAACGACUGUGGACACGACAAAUAUGAAGGACCUGAAGAAGAUAGAAGAGCACUAAGACCAUACAAAGCUUAGCGUGUUCUUGCGGGUGUAUGGCAUACUAGAAACAGUUAACUGUUGAAUUGAGCAAUUUCUAGUUGAUCUUGGCAACUUUUUGCCCCAAUUCUAUACAUGCGUUGUUUGAGAGUGAGUCUGGUGAUGCUGAAGCGAUUGCCUCUUGGCAUCUUGUAAUCCUGCUAUUUAUGGCUUGGGUGUGACAAAUGAAACGAUAUUCCUUCCAGAAAUCCGAAUUGGUUUCGAGAAUGAACCAAAAUUACCGCA